CCCAGAGGGGCACUUCUAAGCCAGGAACAUCUUCAGGAUGGACAUUUUCCUUCUCUGUGUGUUCCUGCCUCUGGUGACUGUGGCAUGGGGCCAGUACAGUGACUAUUACUAUGGUCCCUAUAAUUAUGGAGAUAAUGAUGAAUGGGUCAAUGUGUACCGGCAAGGUUUCAACUUUCAGUGCCCACAUGGGCAGGUGAUCGUGGCCGUCAGAAGCGUCUUCAGCAAGAAGGAAGGCUCUGACAGAUUGUGGAACUAUGCCUGCAUGCCAGCAUCCCAGAGCCUCGGUGAGCCGACAGAGUGCUGGUGGGAAGAGAUCAACAGGGCAGGAACCGAAUGGUAUCAAACCUGCUCAAACAACGGGCUGGUGGCUGGUUUCCAGAGUCAGUAUUUUCCAUCGGUGCUGGACCGUGAAUGGCAAUUUUACUGCUGCCGCUAUAGCCGGAGAUGCCCGUACUCCUGCUGGUUAACAACAGAAUAUCCAGGACACUAUGGAGAAGAUAUGGACAUGAUGAUGUACACUUACGACUAUUACAUCCGUGGGGCAACCACAACUUUCUCUGCUGUGCACAGGGAUCGUCAGUGGAAAUUUAUUGUCUGCAGGAUGACAGACUAUGACUGCCCAUUUCAAAAUGUUUAAAAAGAUUGAGUGUACUCCACUUGGAAAGCUCGGGGACAGACAGGGUGGGAUGAGGAUUAGUGAUUACAGGAGAAGGUCAAUUAGGCUCACAAAAGGGUACCAAGACUCAUCAGCUGUCUGCUGAAGACAUAAUUCUUUCCCUCUGGAGCUAAUACAUAAAUUGCCAGCAUACAUGCUUGCAACAGUGAAUUCAGAGGAUUCUUUCAAGCUGCACUGACAGUCGUAUCCCCCAAUUAAAUUUGCUUAUGACAUGCAUACAUACAUCUAUUCCCAGCUCCACCUGUGCUCCUCACAGGACUUGUUUAUGAUACAGAAAUCUAUGGCACAUGCAGAGUUACCUUUCUUAUAUAUACAUAUAGCCAUUCUAAACACAUACAAAUUCCUUUCACAUAGCCUCUAUAUAAAUGGCUUCCCAGCGCAGCUGCUCUGAAUGAGGUAGAAACCUACUAUAUACUUCUCAACAUACGCUAGACUUUCCUGUCUUCUACUUUGUACUUGGAACCAAUCCAGUGAUCCCUACCAGCUUCUCAGAGCUGGAAGUGUGCAGAAAACAUAGUUGGAAGGUGUCUGAUGGGCUGUAUCUGUCAUGACCUGUUACAGCCCUUAGCAUAACUCCACUGCACAAAGGUCUGCCUACACGGGAGAAUUCUGGGUAUUUACAACAGGAAGACAUCAAUAUCUGAUAAAAGUGAGAGUAGCUCUACCAAUAAAAACAGAGGUCUAACCCAGCUUUACUGAGAGUCUUUUUUAUAUUGUCUUAAAAAUCUCUAACAACAAAACUAAACAAGAACUCUGCUCUGGGCAAACCCAGGAGUAGGUCAGGCCACUCACUCUCAGUAAAAUAUGGAUAUCACAUUCUUCAGGAGUCUGAUUUUUAGGUGGAUCUGGCUUCCACUAUAGGUGCCUCAACAACAGCCAUCUUCCAUCGGUAAUACAUUUUUGGCUUAGAAUAGACAAAUAAAGUUAGUGACUUAGAUGACCUUACUUCCUCCAGUUUCCAGAAUCUAUUGCCUAUAAAGAUCAAACUGACCAUGUUUCAACACUGCACAGCACUUGUGCAGCUGCAGUCCAACAAGAAAGAAUAUUCAUCUGUUUCAGGAAGAUCUGAAGUAGGAUUUUCACUCUUGAACAAGCCUGAAUGGAGGGUUCAGUCUCUUAGUUGAUGAAUUCAAUGGUGAACUUAGCAGCGGCUUUGGUGGUGCUGGCUCAAGUGCCAUGACUCCACGUGCCAAUUUAAGGCUGCAAAGCUUCAUAGGAAACAAUGGUGUCUGCCAGUGAAUUUCCAUAUUCCAAGCAAUUUUUAGCUUACAAGCAUACCCUCUUGUCCAAUAAAAAAAUUUUAGGUUUUGCCUUGCUGUA